AGUGGAAGCCUGCGUGUAACUGUUCAAAAUGUUGAGAGCAUCUUAUUGUCUAUCAAAAGCUCCUUCAGCCAGGAGCUGCUCCUUCACAGCAGUAAGAAGAAUGAUACAAUUAUGAUUGUAAGCACUUACACAAGGUUAUGUUUUUGCUUCAGGGUUUCGAGACGCGCAACAGACAGAGCUGAGAAGCCGAACAAAAGCAGGGGCCGUCCCAAUUAGCAGUUGGCAGUAGAUUAACAGAGUAGUGAUGUCAAAGCUUCUCCACAGUCCUGCACAGAUAGGGGCUUCAUUCAAGUCUACAGAAUACCAUUUGCAUAUCGAUGAAACAGAGAAGAGAAAGGGCCGAUGUGUCUGACACACAGCUGUGAUCUCCUUGUAUGAAAGAAAUAUUAUCCCUCCUCAGCCAGUGGGACCUCUCUCCACAUCUGUCCGAUGGCUAUGUGACUGAUUAUUUUGGGCAUUCCAAUUCAGGAUGCCCCCAGGAGGCAAGAGUCCAACAAGGGUCUCUGUUUCUUUAAAGCGUCCCCCUUCCCCGCUCUUGUUUUUCACUUGCUCUCCUAUAGGGAAUGGGGCCCUCUGUAGAACUUAACAGACCAUUUACAAAAGAUCAUCUCUGAGACUUUAGUCAUAAACUUCUCAAUUAACAACACAGUCCAUCUUCUGUCUAUCAGUGGGAGGGUGGGAGUUCAUGGUAAAGGCACUCAGUACACCACUAGGCCUGGUUUCCAUGGAGUCAUACCCGACGGCUCAUUGAGACUUAGGCAUGCCAUUCUUCUCCCCGUGGCUAAAAUGUGCUGCUUAUUCUGACUCAGGCUAUUGUGGAGCGCACAAGUGGCUCUCUGAGGAGAAGGGGAUGGAGAAAGAAAGGGUGGGGUCAAGGUUCAAACGAAAGGCUCCCAUCGGGACUCCCUUUCUGUUAUCAAAUUUGUUGAGACACAAAAAGAGCAACAGUCUCAUUCCCAAGAACAUCUUGAGGGAGAGAAGAGGGGGUUAUAGGACAGCAUUCUUUGUGUCAGCGCUUCAGUUCUUCCACAGCUCGGCGGUCGAACUGCCAGUCUCCACUCUGCUCCUGCACAGACUGUAGUCGACUCUUUGUCAGCAGCUGAAUUGUUCCUUAAGCAGCCAACCUUUUCUCCACUCUCUGAGCCACCAAAAUGGAGUCUGCUACAAUGGAGCUGCCCUCCCUGCUCUCCAAUCAGUCAUCAGAGAGCUGUGCGGCAGUGGACACAACAGCUGAGAACACACUGUUUGGAUGCUUCUACAUCCUAGUUUUCUUUCUGGCGCUAAACGGUAACAGCCUGGCUCUCUGGAUCUUCUCUCACCAGCGUGGCUCUUCCUCUCCAGCUAACAUCUUCUUGAUUCAUCUGGCUGUAGCAGAUUUAUCGUACGUGAUCAUCCUCCCACUGAGGGCCACCUACCACCUCACUGGAGGCCACUGGCCCUUUGGCGAGGUGCCCUGCAGAUUGGCGGGCUUUUUGUUUUAUGUCAACAUGUACGCCAGCCUGUACUUCCUGGCCUGCGUGGCGGGGGAUCGCUACCUGGCUGUGGUUCACGCUGUGAGGUCACUGAAGGUUCGGCGUGCUCGCUACGCUCACAUCAUCAGCUUCUCUCUCUGGGCCCUGGUUACUGUCUCCAUGGUGCCACUGCUAAUCACCCACCAGACUGCAGAGGUUGACGGCAUGACCGUGUGUUUGCAGCUGUACAGAGAAAAGGCCUCGCGCAAUGCACUGAUCUCAUUGGCUGUGGCCUUCACCCCACCUUUCCUCGCCACCCUGUCCUGUUACCUGCUCAUUAUUCACAGCCUGCGUCCGGGCUCCAGGUUAGAGCCGACCCUCAAGCUGAGAGCCCUGCGCACCAUCGGUCUGGUCAUGCUCAUCUAUGUAGUGUGUUUCCUGCCUUAUCAUGUGAGCAGGGCCACUUUCAUCCUGGGCUACAGCCAUCCUGACAUCUCCUGCCAGACACGCAGAGGCCUGAGCUUGGCCAACCGCCUCACCUCCUCCCUCACCUGCCUGAACGGCGCCAUGGACCCGCUUAUCUACCUGUUUGGGGCGGAGAAGUUCCGUGGCACUCUAAUGCGAUUGUUUUGCAAAGAUAAGGCCGGAGUGUCGGGAGCCACCAGUGCAGAGUUAAAGGGAACACACGAGAGCUCUGUGAGUGCCAAGUCAGAGUUUUGAGGAAGAGAAAUUUGAACUCAAUCUGGAGCCCUGUUUGACAUAGAUGCAUUUCCAACAAAAAUAAGUCUAUCAAUUAACUGCUGACAUAUGAGGACAUAUGAGAACUCAUGGAACCUGGACCUGCAUCCAGUAAAGACUCAUAUUCCAUAUGUAACGUAAUGAAUUGGAGAGAAUUUCGUUUGCUCCCUGUUUAAAAGCAAAAUGGUACUUUUGGACCAAAACAACAUAUUUGGAAGUCACUAUCAUGCUACAAUAAAACAAACAAGUAGUGCCCGUUAGUGACACGUGUCCUUCCAUGUUUUGCUUAUGUUUCCUUUGUCAUGCUUCCAAAAUUUCCCAUGAGCAAAGUCUGCAGAGUUUCCAACUUACAGAAAGUGUGCAUACAGAGCUCAGAAAGUCAACCAGAGAACCCUCGAACAUUAGCCCCCGCCAUCAAAAUAUUGAGUCGGAAGGAUGGAUGCUGGAACUGGGCCUAAAUGCUUUUUGUACUGGCUACCUGCCACCUGCUGCCAUCAACAGUCUUCAUCCACAGAAAAGGUUUGCCUAAAAAGGCGCAGAACAUUUGUCCUAGACAUGAGACAGAAAAUUGGUCAAAACGCUAACUGAAUAUUAUAUUUUAACUGCCUCUGCUAUGUAUAUAAUGUAUUAGCAACAUGUUCCUACCGUCCAGUGCAUGGUGGGAGAGGCCCCAGCAGCCUGUGACCUCGGCAAGAAUUAAGUUGUUCAGUCUACUGUUUCUACAAGCUUCCUGCUGAUGUUGGGAAAUGAUUUUUGUGUCAAACACCAAAUAAUCAAAUAUGUACAUAGUUAACUUUGUAUGUAUAUUUCCUGUUACUGUUUUGUAUCCUAUGCCAAAUGUGAUAAAUACUCAUUAAUUAGCUUUUGAUAUCAUUUUUAAAAAUCUAAUCUGUUUUUAGCUGUGCUGGUGCCUGGAUGGCAAUGUCAGUCCAUCACUUUGUCCAGACUGAAAUAUCUCAACAAUACUAUUGGAUGGAUAGCCAUGAAAUUACCGAUAUCCAGAUGAUCAGAUGAUCCCUAGUGGAUGAAUUGUAAUAACUUUGGUGAUCCCCUGACUUUUUCUGUGGUGCCACCAGUACAUCAAAGUUUUCAUUUUUCCAAUACUUUGGUUUAUGACCAAAUACUUUUUGUGUUUAGUGCUAAUUAGCAAAUGUUUGCAUGCUAACGCACUAAACUAAGAUGGUGUGAUGGAUAUCUGCUACCUGCUCAAAAUAUGAUACAUUGUUUUUAGCCACACUAGCAGCAAAGGAUCUAAGGAUGGCCGUCUUGUCUGUCGUUGGUCUACCACUUUGGUCCAGACUGAAAUUUCUCUUGGUACUGACAUUCAUGUUCCCCUCAGAAUGAAUUGUAAUUGUAUGACCAAGACCUGCUAAACUAAUGAUGUUCCCAUCAGCUUCAGCUGUGCUUUGUUUCUAGUGCUAAUUAGCGAAUGUUAGCAUGCCAACACUCCAAGCUAAGAUGGUGAACAUGGUAAACAUUAUACCUGCUAAACGUCAGCAUAUUAGCAUUGUCAUUGUGAGCAUGUUAGCAUACUGAUGUUAGCAUUUAGCUCAAAGCACCACUGUGCCUAGGUAAAGCCCCGCAGAGCUGCUAGCAUGACUGUAGACUCUUAGUCUUGCUUUUAAUAUAAGGUGUAUUUUCCAUGACUUUUAAAUUGCUGGAAGACGCCAGAUGUUUACUUUGCUUGUGCUAGACAAAUCUUCAUUGUACAUUCAUCAUUAUCCAGCUCCCUAACUCUCCUAUGAUAUGCAUUUAUUGUUUGUCCACAUUUCUAUGAUAUUGCACUAUUGCAUAACAAACUAUGGACCCUAUUUUACUGUGAGUCAGUCUGACUAAACAUCAUCUGCAAAAGAAGUGAUGUUUUAGACAGAAAGACAUGAUUCACACAGAUUAGUAAGAUGUGAGUUAUAAAUGUUCCUUGUGGCUUCAAGUUGUAAAUAAUAAACUUGUAAUUAUCAUUACAAAGUCACUCUGCAAGGGAAAUGUCUGAACAAAGCUCUCAUAAAAACUGUUGUGAUGUUCCACCAGCUUACUUAUAUGUUAACAACUGACUCACAUUUCAAUCUUUAUUUCUUUUUUGUAUCAAAAUCGCCUGCUUUUCAAUGCUGUUAUAUAAAAUGGGUGUGUUAACUCAACAUUUCAGUUGUCACUUGAAAGUAAAAUGAUUCAUGAUUGAUUUCA